AUGGGUCUAGUCCGGACUCCGAGCAUGAGAAGCGGAGACCUCCUGGAAGGCAUGAUCAACGAGUACGUCGUCGGAAAGGGAAGCAAGAUGAGGCUCUCCAAGGGAACGCCGUCCCGCAUCGUCGCCGCUCUCACUUGUCUCCAGUUCGCCUUCGCGAUGUACGCCACCUUCCUCCUCUACUACAUGAGCCCCUCGGUGGACCUGCGGCCGAAGCCCGAGUUCUCCUGGGCGACCAACAUCGUCCAGCACUGGAAGCAGAUGGUCCUGCCGGGCUUCCAGGGGACCGCCGCGGUACUGACCCCCGAGGAGGCCUGCGAGCACGAGCAGAUUGACUUCGUGCAGAAGAAAUCCGACGACGCGGUGAUGAUCGGGUUCAAGAGGUAUCUCUACGACGAGGUGCUGGAUUUCCAGAGGAGGACUUUGGGCUCCGAGACUCUGGCGGAGCUCAUGGCCAUGAAGUCCAAGUGGAAGAGAGGCGGGCCCGACGUCCCCAAGAUCACCGUCAUCUUGAACCAUUUCAAGAGGAAGACCCUCUGCUCUCAGCUCGACUCUCUGCUUCACCAGACGGUUCCCUUCCACAACGUGUGGGUGCUCUCCUUCGGGAGCCCCAACGAGCUCUCCCUCAGGAAGAUCGUCGAGAGCUACAACAACUCGAAGAUCAGCUUCGUCAGCUCGAGCUACGACUUCAAGUAUUACGGCAGAUUCCAGAUGGCAUUGCAGUCGGAGGCGGACUUCAUCUACAUCCUCGACGACGACAUGAUCCCCGGCAGGAGGAUGCUGGAGAUCCUGUCCCAUGCGGGCGGCACCGACAAGUACAGGAACUCCGUUCUGGGAAGCAUCGGGAGGAUCCUGCCGUUCAGGCAGAAGGAUUUCUCCUUCCCCAGCUACAGGAAGUUCCGAUCCAAGGAGGCCGGUCUUUACCUUCCCGACCCCGCCUACGACAUCACCGUCGACAGGGUGGUGCAGGUGGACUUCCUCUCCAGCUCGUGGUUCCUCUCCGCCGAUCUCGUGAAGACCUUGUUCGUGGAGACGCCCUUCACGUGGAUGACCGGAGAAGACCUCCACCUGAGGUGAGCUCGCCGUACCCUUUUUCUUCUCCCUGUUGUUAAACCUCGUCCCCGAGGCCCUGCGCUCUGCUCUGACUGGAGACGGGGGUGGCUCUUCUUCGUUGUGGCACAGCUACCAGCUUCAGAAGUACAGGGGCGCGGGGUCCUUCGUGUUGCCCGUGGACCCGAGCGACAAAGAGACGUGGGGGGACAGUGAGCACCGUCUCGCCUACGUGUCGGAAACGACCGUCAUCUUCAAGGAUAUUGUCCAGGUUAGGGACGACCAGUGGUGGCGCGCUCUCUCCACUGGCUACAUCACUCAGUGGGCCGCGAUGAACCCCCAGAAGAUCGACGCCCUCUUCUACGCCCACUCCAUCGACGAGGUCAGGGCCCUCGCCCCCCUCCUGGAGAAGUUCCGCACCACCGUGGGGAAGAAGGCCUACAUCGCCGUCUCCGGUGGCGGGUACUGCCCCUGCGAGGACGCCGCCGUGGUGCUUAAGUGGCCUAGAGGGGUGUGCAAGGAGAGGAGGUUCAAGAUCUUCGACCUGGGCGCUGGAGCCAUCUCGGGGAUUUCCAACUCAGAGGUGCCCCUGCUUCAGACCGUAUACUCCAGCGUCAAGGGGCUGCUGAAGAUCCACAACCCCAGCCUGCUGAUCACCGUCGACGACCUCGAUCCCAGCGUGAGAAGCGCUCUGAAGACGGCCGCAGAGGGCAGCGAGAACGGCACAAUCUUUGUCGCUCUGCCCAGGACCGCUGUGCCCAAGGCCCUCUGGAUGGCGGACCUGAGGUCGACCGCACUGGCGAGUAAGAAAUGAACGCCCCCCCUCCCCCCACCCCGGUUCCUCCCAUCCCAUCCCACGACUCGUUGUUCGAAGCUGACGGCCUGAUCUCGAUUCAUUGCUGCAGACUGGAACAAGAUGAGGAUCUCGGUGAACAUAAUCACGCAGAACCGGGUGAACUCCCUUCAGAGGCUCCUCCGGUCCCUCGACGGCGCCUUCUACCUCGGAGACGAGAUCCCCGUAAGCUUCAACAUGGACAGCAUGGUAGACGAGGCGACCCUCAACUUGGUGGGCUCCUUCAACUGGACGCGGGGGCCCAAGCUCAUCCGGCGGCGCGUGAUUCAGGGCGGGCUCAUCCGCGCGGUGAGCGAGAGCUGGUACCCGUCUUCCGACGACGACUUCGGGGUCCUUCUGGAGGACGACAUCGAGGUCUCGCCCUACUACUAUAUGUGGAUCAAGUACGCCCUCCUGGCCUACCACUACGACCCCCAGGUGUCCCUCCCGGAGCUCGCCUCCAUCUCCCUCUACACGCCGCGGCUCGUCGAGGUGGUGAAGGAGCGGCCCAAGUGGAACCCCACCGAGUUCUUCCGGAACAUCCACCCCAACAUGCCGUACCUGCACCAACUCCCCUGCAGCUGGGGUGCCGUCUUCUUCCCCAAGCAGUGGCGAGAGUUCUACGCCUACAUGAACUCCCGGUUCACGGACGACGCCAAGGAGAACCCCGUCCAGAUACCCAAGUCCCGGACCAACGGGUGGCAGGCCUCCUGGAAGAAGUUCCUCAUCGACAUGAUGUACCUCAGGGGCUACGUGAGCCUCUUCCCCAACUUCCCCAACCAGGCGAGCUUCUCGACCAACCACAUGGAGCCCGGGGCCCACAUCAGCGCCAAGGACAACGUCGUCAAGCACAACAAGGACGACUUCGAGGUGCCGCUGCUGGGGGACGACUUCACCAGGCUCCUCCCGGGGGGGAAGCUGCCGCCGGCCGCCAAGCUCCCCGUGCUCAACCUGUUCAACCAGCCCAUGUCCCUCAAGGCGCUCAAGUCCGCGGGCGCCAAACUCGGCCAGGACGUCAUCACCUGCAGCGCCGCCGAGAUCGUCCAAGCAGACGGCUCGACCGGCUUGCCCAAGAACUGCUCCGCCUUCUAG